AUUGCCGAUCUACCAUCUUCGCCUUCUUCUGCCUUCUGCCAAAUAACCGGACCCCAUUUAUGACCGGGCCGGUCCCGGCGGUUACCAAGUUUCACAGUGAAUAGCAUUGGUUUGGUCGUGAUGUGUAGCGAGGAUAUAUCACUCGAGGGAUUAGAGGAAGAGCUAGAAGAGUGUAAAAACGACGAUGUAGUAGCAAACAUACUCUCCAAAGGCAUGAAAUUACGGGAAUACACAAAGGGAGUUGAGAACAAUCUAAGGCAGGUUGAGCUGGACUCGAUCCAGGAUUACAUAAAAGAAAGUGACAAUCUAGUCUCACUUCAUGAUCAAAUUCGUGACUGUGAUACGAUUCUUUCACAAAUGGAAGCUCUGCUAAGUGGAUUUCAGACAGAAAUAGGCUCUAUCAGCUCAGACAUAAAAAUCCUUCAAGAGAAGUCUAUGGAUAUGGGACUGAGGCUGAAGAAUCGGAAGGUGGCAGAGGCAAAACUGUCAAAAUUUGUUGAAGAUAUUAUUGUUCCACCAAGGAUGAUAGACAUUGUUGCUGAUGGAGAGGUUAAUGAUGAAUAUAUGAGAACAUUGGAGAUUCUGAGUAAAAAGCUGAAGUUUGUCGAAGUAGACCCAAUGGUUAAAACAUCACAAGCCUUAAAUGAUGUUCAACCUGAACUUGAGAAGCUAAGACAGAAGGCAGUAUCAAAGGUGUUUGACUUCAUGGUUCAAAAGCUAUAUGCAUUGAGGAAACCAAAAACAAAUAUACAGAUCCUUCAACAGAGUGUUCUUUUGAAAUACAAGUGUAUUAUAUCCUUCCUCAAGGAGCACGGAAAGGAGGUGUAUCUUGAGGUUCGAGCAGCUUAUAUUGACACAAUGAACAAGGUUUUAAGUGCGCAGUUCCGUGCUUAUAUUCAAGCACUAGAGAAACUUCAACUGGAUAUAGCAACAUCUAGUGAUCUAAUAGGUGUUGAGACAAGAAGCAGUGGUCUUUUCUCCAGAGGGAGAGAGCCAUUAAAGAAUCGGUCUGCAGUAUUUGCUUUGGGGGAAAGAAUCAACGUUCUCAAGGAAAUUGAGGAGCCUCCUUUGAUUCCACACAUAGCUGAAGCCGGUUCAAAAAAGUAUCCCUAUGAAGUUCUCUUUAGGAGCUUGCAGAAGCUGCUUCUGGAUACAGCUUCUUCUGAGUACCUUUUUUGUGAUGAUUUCUUUGGGGAGCAGUCUGUGUUUUAUGACAUAUUUUCAGGUCCUUUUGCUGUAAUUGAUGAGCACUUCAACUCAAUUCUUCCAAAUUCAUACGAUGCAAUUGGCUUGAUGCUCAUGAUUCGAAUUGUUCACCAGCACCAGCUUGUAAUGUCUCGUCGCCGAAUUCCUUGCUUGGAUUCAUUUUUAGAUAAGGUCAAUAUUGCAUUAUGGCCUCGUUUCAAGAUUGUAUUUGACUUGCACCUCAGCAGCUUGAGGAAUGCUAAUAUCAGAAUUCUCUGGGAGGAUGAUGUUCAUCCACAUUAUGUCAUGAGACGGUAUGCAGAAUUUACUGCAUCACUUAUUCAUCUUAAUGGUGAAUACAGAGACGGCCAGAUUGAACUCAAUAUGGAGAGGCUUAGAAUGGCUGUUGAUGACUUGCUUGUUAAGCUUGCUAAGAUGUUCCCUAAACAAAAGCUGCAGACAGUGUUUCUUAUAAAUAACUACGACAUGACAAUAUCUGUCUUAAAGGAAGCCGGUCCAGAGGGUGGUAAAAUUCAGCAGCAUUUCGAGGAUUUACUGAAGAACAACACUUCUAUAUUUGUGGAAGAGCUACUGCUGGAGCACUUCAGUGAUCUUAUUAAGUUUGUAAAGACAAGAGCAUCGGAGGACCCACGUUCUGGAUCUGAAAGGCCACCUGUAAUGGCGUCUGAAGUUGAACCUAUAGUUAAAGACUUUGCAAGCCGGUGGAAGAGUGCAAUAGAGCUGAUGCACAAUGACGUGAUUACUUCUUUCAGUAACUUCCUUUGCGGGAUGGACAUACUAAGAGCAGCUUUAACACAGCUGCUUCUUUAUUACACGAGGCUUUCGGACUCCAUGAAGCGGAUUUCUGGUGGCACUGCGUUGAAUAAGGACCUCGUUUCCAUAUCUUCAAUCAUGUAUGAGGUCAAAAAAUUCUCGCGAACAUUUUAGGUCAAUUUCUAUCCCUUGUUUUUGCCAGUUAUACAUAGCUAAAUACCCUUUUGCCAAGAAACCUUACAGAAACACUUCCAUUGUAUUUUGCUUCGAUUGAGGAGUUUGUGUUUCGUUCUGUUCGUGUAUUUUGUAUUCUUGAAUUGAGGUCGCCGUGCAGUUGUGUUUGCAAAUUCCGCACAUCCAUCAUUUUUCUUUUGGUGUGACUUUUAAUACUCCGUACUAAAAUGAUAGGUCACAUUGUGUAAUCACUAUUUAUUUAUUUAAACGAUCCCGUGCACAAGAAUUCAUAGGACAUUGGUUUCAAG